UGUUCCAGGUCACGAGCGGAGUGCGCAGCGCGGAGGACACCAUGACCAGCUAGUGCGCGGCAGACCUCACCGCGACCUCGCCGACCCCCGGCGCCCUCCCCUCCGUGUCCGCCCAGCCGAACCCCAGCCAUGGCGAUGAUCGCCGCCAUCCUGGUGCUCGUCGUGGCCGCCUCGGCGCACGCCGAGCAGCACCGGUUCUCCCUGGCGCCCUCCAACGGCACCUCCCCGACGGCGGCCGUCGCGCCGGCCGAGGCCCCGGCCCUGGUCGUGGACGCGGCCGGCGGCGCGGCCGGCUUCGAGUACAUCGAGGUGGUGCCCACCAACCCUAGGGCCCCCAGCAGACCGACCGAGGGCCCCGACGACGCCAUGGACCCCGCCACCGUGGCGGGCCUGCAGUUCCUGGGCAACGUGUACAACCCCCACCACUGGGCGGAAGGCGUGCUGUCCGAGCCCAGCGCCACCUGCGGGGGAGCGCUCCGGACCUACCUCAACGCCCUGGACAACGGCACCACCUGGGCCGUGCAGAUGACGGACGCGAGUGGCCGCUACUCGUCGCAGUUCUUCUUCGGCAAUGACUUCUGGCUGGGCUCCCACACGCUGUGCGAGGAGAUCUCCUCGCCGUACGCCGUCGACAACCCGCCCUGGGCCGUCACCUUCCACGUCGUGCAGAUCAAGGUGCACCUCGACGCCGUGCUCACGCCGCACCCGCGGGUGCUGCACCUCGGCGUGUGCCUGCCGAGGUCCUGCGACCCUCAGGACAUCACCGCCCUCCUGGAGGCCGCCAGCCGGCCCGCCAAGUCCGCUGCCGCCGCCGCCCCCGCCGUCGGCCCCCGGCCGGCGCCCACCAUGGAGGUGGUGCGGAUCCGCCGCGUGCCCGGGCCGUACGUGCUGCUCGCCGACACCAAGCUCCACAUCCUCGCGGGAGUCUCCGCGGCCAUCGUCAUCCUGAUGUUCGCCGGUGCCGUCCUGGAGGAGGUGACCAACCGCACCGGCCAGCACGGCCGCUCCGACUCGGAGCAGCAGCAGCACCAGCAGCAACAGCAGCAGCAGCAAGGCGGCAGGGCAGGCGGCCAGCAGGAGAUGCAGGAGCGGGCCUCCAAGGGCGGCGCGCUGACCAGCGGCUCGGCGCAUAAGGAGGCUUACAAGCCAGGUGUGAUGGUGCAGAUCGUCCUCGCCUUCUCCCCGCUCUCCAACGGCGCCAAGAUCCUCAACUGCCAGCAGCAGGACGAGGACGCGCUGACGGCGGUGCACGGCCUCCGCUUCUUCUCGCUGGCCUGGGUCAUCCUGGUGCACACGUACCUGCAGGUGUUCGCCAUCGCUGAGAACAAGACGCUGCGGACCGUGACCGAGAGGAACUUCAUGUUCCAGACCGUCAGCAACGCCACCUUCUCUGUCGACACCUUCUUCUUCAUCAGUGGUGUGCUCGCGGCCUUCCUGUACUUCAGGGCGACCUCCAGGACCGCGCUGGAGAGCGGAGGCCCGCCGACCUCCAAGGUGGCCCCACACUCGGGUGCCGUCCACAAGAAGAAGCAAGUGGGCUUCCGGAAGGGGCUCGUCAAGUUCCUCAUCCUCAUCUUCUACCGUUUCGUCAGGUGACAACAAGUUUAAAAUUACGGUUUGGUUUCGUUUUUCUGGAAAUUUUCCCAGGAUUUUUCCUUUG